GUUGAUUGCGAGCAACGUGGCGCAUUUAUCAAACCAUUUAUGUGCAGUGUGAAGUAAUUAGUGAAGAUGUUCAAUCAAUUACUCUUCUAUGUUGGAGUCUACAUACUACUGUUGCAAAGCAGAAUUGAAGUUUCCGUCAGCUCAAGCAUGAUGACCACCACGACUGAGGAGUCGGCCGCUUUACAACCGUACUUUGAUUUUGACGUGCCCCGCAAUCUAACCGUAACCGUAGGUCAGACCGGGUUCCUACACUGCCGCGUGGAACGUCUUGGGGAUAAGGAUGUGGCGUGGAUUCGAAAACGAGAUAUACACAUACUUACAACAGGAGCUUCAACGUACACCUCGGAUCAACGUUUUCAGGUCAUCCACCCGGAAGGUUCCGUCAAUUGGACGCUGCAGAUAAAAUAUCCUCAAAUACGCGACACGGGCGUGUACGAGUGUCAAAUUAACACGGAACCAAAAAUGUCACUAUCUUACAUACUAAACGUUAUUGAACUGCGGGCGAGAAUUCUUGGUCCAGCGGACAUAUUUGUCAAAUCUGAUAGCGAAAUCACGAUGACGUGCGUUAUUCAGCAGGGACCACAUGAGCUAGGGACAAUUUUUUGGUACAAAGGAUCUACACUCAUCGAGCCGAUGGCCCAAGAAAAUGAGCUACUUUCUAGCGAAAAUCGUAGGAUUACUGUCGAAACGGAUUGGACGGAAGUUUUGACAUCUAGGUUAAAAAUCAAAAGGGUUGUACAAAGCGAUACAGGAAACUAUACGUGUGUUCCAACGAUGGCAAAGUCGGCAAGCGUCUAUGCCCAUGUGAUUAGCGGUGAACACCCGGCCGCGAUGCAGCACAAUGCCGCACCCAAGCAAGUGUCUCGAGCGCUCUGGCUGCUGCACACGGCCUGUAUCAUAUGUUUAGGUGAGGUAGCAUUAAUACGAUAUUUGCUAGGCAAAAUCAGACUGAUCGGACGAAUCCGCAAAACUGGAGCCAGGCUCACCGCGCAAGUCAGUUUGCCGGCUGCAGCUCAUGUGCCUGAUCGAGAGUCCCAGUCCGGUGGUCCAGAAAUGAUCGAAGGAACGCGGCCAGGCUCACCGCGCAAGUCAGUUUGCCGGCUGCAGCUCAUGUACCUGAUCGAGAGUCCCAGUCCGGUGGUCCAGAAAUGA